CGGCAGUUGUGUAGCGGGGCUAAGGGUAGGGGAAGCUCAGCGAUAUAUCUCGUCGAAUUUAUUCUUCAAUUUCCUACACUUCCUUUUCCAACAAAUUACUCUCCUACUGCGUCACAUAAAACGGAUUCUUCUCCAAGAUAAGUAUUGCAACCAUGACGGAACACAACAUUGUUGUCUUUGCGGGCGACCACUGUGGCCCAGAGGUUAUUGCCGAAGCAAUUAAAGUCAUCAAGGCGGUUGAGGACAACAGCCCGACUGCUGGCAAAUUCAACUUAAAUCACCUGCUGCUCGGAGGAUGUUCUAUCGACAAGACCGGCUCCCCUCUUACAGACGAGGCCCUCGCCGCCGCUAAAGCCUCCGACGCUGUGCUCCUCGGUGCCAUUGGCGGCCCUGAAUGGGGCACUGGCACCGUUCGCCCGGAGCAGGGCCUCCUCAAGCUACGCAGUGAGAUGUGCGCCUAUGGAAACCUCCGUCCCUGCUUCUUCGCGUCCGAUGCCCUUGUUGAGACCUCCCCCCUAAAGGCGGAAGUUUGCCGUGGCGUCGACAUGAUGCUUGUCCGAGAGUUAACCUCGGGCCUGUAUUUCGGAGAGCGAAAAGAGUACGAUGGAGUCAACGCGUUCGACACUACUGUUUAUACGAAGCCAGAAAUCGAGCGUAUCGCACGGCUGGGCGGCUACCUAGCCAAGACUAGGGGAGACUCGCGGGUCAUCUCGCUAGAUAAGGCAAAUGUGUUGGCGACGAGCAGACUCUGGCGUUCUGUGGUUGACGAGGUUUACAAAAACGAGUUCCCUGAUCUGAAGGUUGAGCAUCAGCUCAUUGACAGCGCGGCCAUGAUCAUGGUCAAGAACCCGAAGCAGCUCAAUGGCGUUAUGAUAGCGCCAAACUUGGCAGGAGAUAUUCUGAGCGACGAGGCGAGCGCUAUAACCGGCAGCAUUGGGCUCCUCCCAAGCGCGAGUCUCUGCGGAGUUCCGGAAGUGGGCUCCAAAGUGCUUUCUAUCUAUGAGCCUAUUCAUGGUAGCGCGCCGGACAUUUCAGGAAAGGGGAUUGUCAAUCCCAUUGGCACAAUCCUUUCCGUGGCUAUGAUGUUACGGUACUCGCUGAAUCUUCCCCACGAGGCCAAAGUCGUUGAGGAUGCGGUAAGCGCUGCCAUCGACGCCGGGCUAAGAACCAAGGAUAUGGGCGGCAGCACAGGCACCGCUGAAGCAGGAGAUGCCAUCGUUGCCGAGGUAGUCAAGAUUCUCAAGGCAUGAGACAUCUCACGUCUGGAAGAGCAUAGGCCGAGAGGUUACAAGGGGACAACAGAGGUGGAGGGGCGGAAGAUAAAAGAAAGUAGCUAUGGAAGCAUGAGUUGAGAACAAAAGCGCUGGGGGAAAAUAGUGGUGGCAGAAAAAGCUUCAGAUACCUGGCGAAGGAAUAAAUACAGCAGUUACCUACGAAGUAAUAACUGUCACUAGAGAUAGGUACUUAGCUAUAUCAUUACAAAAGAGAGAUAUACAACAUACCGACAUCCAAUGAGCGGUUCGCUACCAAUA